AUGGGGAUCCCUACACCCACAACCGAGAAGCAAUCGGAAUUUGACCCCAACACGAUGUUGGCAAUGGAUCAAGAGUCCUUGCCCAUUGAGGGUCAGGUCCUAAAUAGGACCCAAACCCAAACGCAUCGAGGCAUCAAGUCAAGACACGCUCAGAUGAUGGCCAUCGGUGGUACCAUUGGUACAAGUCUCUUCGUCGGCUCAGGAAAAGCCUUAGCCCUCGCAGGUCCAGGGCUUCUUUUGAUCGCCUACAUCUUGAUCUGUUUCCUCGUCUACGGAGUGCUUACUGCAACCUGCGAGAUGAAUACUUUCCUACCAGUCACUGGUGCCUCGCCAUCCUAUUACGCAACUCGAUUUGUGUCACCGAGCCUAGGCUUUGCCCUGGGAUGGCUAUAUUGGUACUCGUUUGGAAUCAUCGUUGCCUACGAGAUCACAGCCGCGGCAAUUGUCGUCGACUAUUGGCCCAACUCCAUUCCCAUUGCGGUCCUCAUUACAAUCAUGCUAGUGCUUAUCUUGGCCCUCAAUUUUGCCCCCGUGAGUUACUACGGCGAGACCGAAUUCUGGUUCGCAUCCUUGAAGGUACUGAUGAUCGUCGGUCUGCUCAUUCUCUCCUUUAUUCUCUUUUGGGGUGGCGGUCCGAGCAAACAAAGACUUGGAUUUCACUAUUGGAAAGACCCUGGGGCAAUGAAGCCCUACCUUGUUGAGGGGGACACAGGGCGCUUUUGUGCUUUCCUUUAUGUGUUGUGCUAUUCGGUCUUCUCUUUCAAUUUCACGCCGGAACUGAUCGUGAUCGCGUCUGGCGAGAUGAAGAGUCCCCGAAAGAACAUUCCUCGAGCCGCAAAGAUGUGCUUUUAUCGUCUUCUGAUCUUCUACAUUGGAGCAAUCUUGGCCAUGGGUGUCAUUUGUCCAAGCGAUGCUUCAGGCCUCACGAAGGGUUCGGGUGUCGCAGCCUCACCAUUUGUGAUUGGCGUCAGAAAUGCCGGUAUCCACGGGCUUGAUAGCGUCAUCAAUGCUGUGAUCAUCACAUCAGCCCUAUCAGCUGGAAACUCUUACCUUUUCAUGUCCAGUCGGUCGCUUUAUUCAUUGGCUGUAGCGGGCGGAGCACCAAAGAUUUUCACUCGUUGCAACCGCUACGGCCUUCCCUAUUAUGCGAGAACUGAACCUGAGUUCCUCGGACUACUGGCUAUGGAAUUGUCGCUACCGGAGAAGAUUACCCAGCGCCAUCUUGCGACUACGGAGGACUAUAUGAGUAGUAGUUUUGAGCGGCAUGUUCUCAGUGGCCGAUAUCAUUGA